UGGUGGUUAAAAUUGCCCGUUUGUGCUACGACCAACUUUCCCGUCUGCUGUUUUAAUGUUGCACUAUGAGGAGCGUACGAAGUUGUUAACUUGUCUGUGUCUGUGUCUGUUUCCAAUGUCCAAAUGUCCUCUAACUGUACUAUUACUACUCUCUAUCUGUCUACCAAGUACUCUAUUCUCUCUACUCUCUAUACUGUAUACCCCAUCAUCUUAUACAGCCUACACCCAUAUCCCCAGUACCCUCUACCUCUCCCUCCUCUGUACAAAAGUUUCUCCGUCCCACCUCUGCCUAGCCAUGUGGCCGGCGAUCGCACCGUCCUCAAACGAAGUAGAAACGCCAAUCCACCCUCACACUUCUCCCUUUCCAAUCAACGCCCAACCCGCCACAAAAAGUCUCCGCACGCUCGCUGGCAACCUAUAUGGCGACCCAUCACCGCCGUUGAGACCCCAUCACUAUCACACAAUCACCCCAUUGAGCAACACUGAACACACCCACCACCCGAUCUCGUCGUCGGCACACCGACGACCCCCUACUACCCCCCAGGCGGAUUCAAUCGCCAACCAUGGACGCCUACGACAACAUGCCGACCUCGCCCUCCCGCCGCGCCGCCGGCGUCACCCUCACCCUGAACACAAACACCACCAGCAACACGAGCGCCUACCGCAAGCCUCGCGACCCCAACCUCUCCCCCCCUCGCACGCCCCCAGGCACCCGCUCCCGCCGGGCGCUUAGGGAGAGGGACAACAACACCGCACCCGCAGCAGUUCCGCGGGAGACCUUCCUCGACGACAGCACGCCCGUCGAUUUCGCGCAGCCGUCACCACAAGCUCGACGCGGAGACGGGGAGAGGCACUCGCACGAUCUCAGUCUCGCCCCUGAACAGGUCACACGGGAUUCGCUGGUGAAUAACAUGCUGCUCAGCCUGGACCAGUUCUCGCUUGGCGGCGAGGGAGGAGGCGGGUUUGGGGUCCCUGGAGGAGGAGGGGAGGGGCUGUAUAAUUCGUUUGGGGCGGAGGAGGAGCAUGGGUAUGCGGGAUAUGACAUUCGGCGGGGGAAUGGGGGAGGGCUUGGGCAUGGUCAUUCGUUUAGUGAGGAUUUCGAUCAUCAGGAUGCGGCGAGUAGGGCGUCGAGUCAGUAUACGAGGACGCGAAGGAGCAAUAGCAGUUCGAAUUACACGACUACGACGACUGGGAGACAUCACGCGAGUAAUAGCGGGUCUGUGGGCACGCCGAGGCAGGCGCCGCAGAGUCCGGGGGCACAUCCAAGAGAGAGGAAGGAAAGCAAGGAUAGAAAUGUCUCGAGUUCGGAUAUGGGACACUCGUCCCAGACUGGGAGCAGUCAGCGGUGGGCGUUGGGGUACGGGAAUCGUGGCCGCGCGUUGAGCUUCGAUGAUUAUGGGCAGGAGGCUCAGAUGGGGCCGCUGCAGAGGCAGAGGACGCACUCGUCGCCGGUGGAGGAGCUCGAACCAUACGAUAUCUACGAUGCGGCGCCGACGCCGACGGUGCCUGUUGGGCCGAGACGACAGCGUCCGAUUACGCCGAAUGGAGUGUAUACCGCCGACAUUAGCACGCCGUCUCCGAAGACACGGAAUCUACAAAGCAGUCGCGCUCCGAAAACAUUAUACCAGAAGCGUGCUGAGACGUCCCAUGGACAGGGCAACCCGAUGAACAAUGGCAUGGAUGAGAAUCGUAGGCUCGCGGCCAUGCCAGCGUUAAUGAAGGAGGAGCCGGCGCCCGCGCCACUAGUUGCAUAUGGCAAGGUAAAGAAUGUUACGGCGCCUACGAGCGGGUCGAAGCCUGGGUUCUUCAGGAGGGUGUUUGGGUCGAAGGGGAAUACACCCGGUGCGGCCAGCACUGGUUCUGUGUCAUCCCCUGGGUCGACGAUAUCGGGGGACCCUAUGGAGAGGCCUCCCAGCAAUAAAUACCAGAAUCAGACUGCGGAGAGGGUGAGGACAGCUCAUGGAUACCCGCCUCCACAGCCGCCGCCGCAGCGAUCGCAGAAGGAGGCGCCAAAGGCGAUAAGCAAGAAACCCUCGUCGUUCUUCAAGCGCAGGAAGAAGUCGGUGUCGGAGCCGGAGGUGCCUGCGAUGCCGCUGCAGCUUGUGCUGGUUAGGGGUCAGGAGGUGGGACAGGAUCUGGCGAGCCCGACUAGUUCGCUGAGACAGGUUAUGAACCAGUAUCUCAAUAGUCCGAUUACGCAGCCGCCGAGGUGGGAUGACUAUGAUGCCGGUAGACGCUAUGGGAAUGGCGACGAUGAUGAGAGUAUUGAGGAGACUACUGGGUUUUCGCCGGGGUAUACGCCGGAUAAGAGUGCUACGAUCCGAUCUGUUAAUCCUGGUCGUCGCGAUGCCGAACCCAGACGUGCCCCGUUGAUGCGGAACAACACCUCACAGAGCCAGCUCGACACCGACAAUGAGAAGGAGCUCGAUAGGACGUCCCUCCAAGACAACAGCGACAAUGACAAGGAGGGGAACCGGACCGUGUCGCAGACGCUGACGGUUAAGGCGGACCCAGCAAGUAGGGACAUGGCGCACUCCCCUAACUCUGUGGCGCGCGACAAGGCGCUGGUGGCGGAGUAUGAGCAGAAGUACUCGAGGCGGCAGCCGGCGAGGAAGGCGGAGAAUCCGAUGUUAUCGCUGUAUCCUACGUCGGGCGGUUCGCCGAAGUCGAAGAAGGAUGAGGGGGCGUCUGAUAAUGGCGGGACGGUUAGGGGGAAGGGCCGUGCAAAGGGCGCGGCGGAGCAGGAUGCGGAGAAGACGUCUAGUAUCUCGCUGCCGUUGGAGGGCAUGAAGGGGGUGGAGAGUAGUGAGUCUAGCCCUGCUGUGUUUUACUCUGCGACUAGUCUUGCUGGUGGGGAGGGCAUGACGCUGCCGACGACGAAAGAUGCGUAUAACUCCUCCGAGCCAUCGAGCGCGGUGGAUCAGGUGCAGCCUACGACGGGGGAUUGGGAGAGGGCGAAGAAGAUCUACGAUGGGAAUGAGGACUUUAUCCAGCAAUCGAAGGCGGCGGCGUGGCUGGGGGAAGAUGGGGCGAUUAGACGACGCACGCUGCUUGCUUAUAUGGAGUUGUACGAUUUUAAGGAUAUGGAUAUCCUUGGGGCACUGCGCGCGCUCUGUAAUAGGCUUGUCCUGAAGGCGGAGUCGCAACAGGUUGAUCGUAUACUGGAUACCUUUGCCACACGCUGGUGCCAGUGCAACCCCCACCACGGCUUCAAGAUUACGGACGUGGUCCACACGAUCUGCUACUCCAUCCUCCUCCUCAACACGGACCUGCAUCUCGCAGACAUCGAGUCAAAGAUGACCAAAAGCCAAUUCGUCAAAAACACCAUCCCCACCAUCCUCCGCGUCGUCGCCGACGCCGCACCCGAAGCCUUCGUACCCUCCCGCCCCACAAUCCUAUCCCCCAAAUUCGGAGUCCCCGAGCCCGACAACGAGCUGCGUCACGAUCUCGGCGACAACAUGCGCGCGCUGAGGGGCCAGGCUAAUGCUUUUGAACCGGAGAAACAGCUCACCUUGCGACCAGCGGGGAAGUCGUUACGCCCGGGCUCUAUGGGGCCGAGUGUUACGGGUUUGAACCAGCAGAGUCCUGCGGUGGAUGACUGUGGUCCUCUGGUUUGCGCGCAGUUUCAGGGGACGCUGAAGGCGUGGGAGGGACAGGUGGAGAUUGUGCUGAAGGACUUCUAUAAUGGGAUCCGCAACGAGCGAUUACCGCUGUUCGGGGCGCCGGCGGAGCAGCCGAGGUUGCAGCAGGCGUCGCAGAGUAGCUUGUCUGUCUUUGGAACGAAUAAAUUGAGGAGGACGCCGAGUAUCGUCAGCAAGGCGGGCUCGGAAUCGAUGAGUUUCUUCCGCGGCAGGACGGCGGAUUCAGUGCGUCUGAACACGGGGAAGUGGACGAAUAAACAUAGAUCGCGGCCGAGGGUGUACCCACACUCGACGAUGGGAUCGAGCCGGACGAGUUUGGAUGAUCAGUCCUCCAUCUGGAGUCCCUCGCAGAGCUCGAGCACGUGGAGUAAGUACUCUUUGGGCAAGACGCAGACGAGCAUGUUGUCUGUCAACUCGCUGGACUCGGAUUAUCCGCAGGGGGAUUACCAGCAGAGUAUUGGGUUUGCGAAUGCGUUGAGUCAGGCGAUUAUUAGGGAGGAGCAUGUUGGGAGCCCCGAGGGGAAGGGGGAGGAUGUGCGCGUCACGCCGCCGCUGUUGGAGGAUGAGAGUCUGGAACUACAUGGCGCGCCGUGGGCGAAGGAGGGAAUUGUCAAGCAUAAGCAUCAUCUUGAGGCGGCCGACAAAAAAGCGAAAGACAGGAAUUGGGCCGAGGUUUUCGUGGUUAUUGAGAAGGGAUAUAUGUCCCUCUUCUCCUUCUCCUCCAAGUCGGUCCGCCACAAAUCAUCGUCUCGCGCCAAAGCCGGUGCUGGGGGCGUGGUGGUGGGAGGCGGGAAUUGGCAGGAUAAUGCGGAGAAUUUGGGGAGUUUCCUGUUGAGGCAGACGAUUGCUAGUAUGUUGCCUAGUCCGGGGUAUUCGAAGGCUAGACCGCAUGUCUUUGCCCUCAGUCUGCCGACGGGGGCGGUGCACCUGUUCCAGGUUGGCACGCCGGAGAUUGUGAAGGAGUUUGUGAGUACGGCCAACUACUGGAGCGCGCGGUUGUCGAAUCACCCGCUGGUGGGGGGGAUUAGCAAUAUCGAGUACGGCUGGUCCGACGCCGUCAUCAACAACUCCCUCGUCUCCGCCAUCCAAGACGCUCACCCCACCUCCCCCCCAACCACAGGGACGGGUAUGCCCACCACCACCGCGGGGGGCGGGAUAAUGGGCGGCGGUCGCGCAGCGAGCAUCAGCGGGCCCAGACCGAGUCUGCAGAGUAGCUUGAGGAGUAGCUUGGAUCAGGGCGCAGGGUUUAAAGCCAGGCUGCCGGGGGAUAAGAUUACGAUAUCGGAGUGGGCGCCGCCGACGCAGAGUAUGCGGGCGAGUUGUUUGGAGGAGGGCGAGCAGUUGGGGGGGUUGGAGGAGUAUGUUAGGGGGGUUGAGGAGGAGUUGGUGGGGCAUAAUCGGUUGAGGGGGGCUAUGAUAUUGGCUUUCACACCACGCGCACCCAACGCUCACCGCGCCAUGGCGAACUGGGAGCGCAAAUCUAGCUACUUGCUCAGGGAGAUCGUCAAGUUUAGGACGUAUAUUGAUUGUUUGCUCGCGGCGAGGGCGUUGAAGGAGAAGAUUUAUCGGGAGAGGGAGGAGAGGAAGGGGAAGGUUGUUUGAGAGGGUGCGUGAGUGCGAGCGAGAUUGCCUGCACAGGGGUUGGGGUUGAGGGGCGAGAGAGAGAGGAGAAAGGGGAGCGAAAGGAGGUGAAUGGGGGGUUACGAAGUGAUGGGAUCAUGCUAUGUCAUGUUUAUAAGAUUUUCGGACGACGACGGCCGCCUUUUUUGUUUUCUUUUUACACUUUCUUCUUCUUUUUCUUUUUGUUAUUUGGGCGCCGUCAGGGAGAAGUGUUUGUACGAAGGGCGAUGGGGUUCUUUCUUUUUCCUUUCUUUUCUUUUCUUUCUUUUCUUUUCUUUUCUUUUCUUUUCUUUCAUGAUCAGUGCGAUGAAAAGAUGGAAGGGAGGGGGGAGGGAUUGGGUUUUCUUGGGGUGGGAGGAGCUCAGGGUGGUUAGUUGUAAUUGAGACCCCUUAAUGUAACGUCCCGCGGUCACACGCGGUGCAAACGGCUGGCAGCCUGUCUGUCUACCUUAUACCUAGGUGUCGACGCUGUGAUCACAAGAACACAUCGCCGCCAUCGCCACCAUCGCCGCCAUCACCACCCAACCCCCCUUCUCCACUCCGUCUACGGCUCAUUUGCGGCAGGGGAGUGGUAGAUAUACUAGGCUUAAAGGUCUGCACGGUGGAGAGUGCGCUCGGCUGUGAGAAAUGGUAGUUGAGCGGCGGUGACGUCUCCAACUCCAGUUCCUGGCUACGACAUCGCCCCUCCCUUGUCCUCCCGCCGGAAGCGUCAGUUACCCCAUCCAACCCAUUUCCAUCCCCAAUCACACUGCGUAACCAUCCGCUAUGUACUGAUACAAUCUCCCCUCCAAAUCCUGUACCCCCCAAUCCUGCCGCCCUCACACACUCGCACAUUCCGCAACCAAACUGUUGUUGGGAGGUAGGCCGUGGCAUCUGGGAUACGGUGGCAUUUGGCCCUAUAAUGGCAAAAUCCCACUAUGGUACCCCAGGAUCUCUGGCCGGUGCUGGAAACCACCACAGUUUCGACUGAGGUUUCAGCACUUAGAUAGUGU